AUGGCAGAACCAUCAAACCCAACCGCAAUGCCAACAACAGCCUCCGUAACAAUGACACAGACAGAAAGUCACCAAACUCGCCCCCUCAGCCGCUCCAACACCAUAACCAACACAUCCGGCCUCUCCCCCUCGACCCUACAAGCCAACCUGCUCAUCCUCCCCGCCCGCCACAGCACCGACUUCCACCACCUCUGUCUGCGCAACCCCGUCGCCUGCCCCCCUCCUCGGCAUCACCCGCACCUAAUCUCGCCAGCCCCCUGCAUCCAAACGCCCGACUUCGACGUCCGCACCGAUUGUCCCCGGUAUCGCGUCUAA